AUGGCUUCAUACUUGAGUCACUUCAGCUUGUUGCAAACAAUCUCCCUUUUCUACUUUUUGGUCACCCUCAUUUGCAGUGGAUCAUCACUAACCCAUGAUGAGGAAUGCUCCACCUUGUAUCUGUGUAAGCAAAGCUUAAUUCAUCAAGAUGAUGAGUUUUGUGCUACUGGUUGGUUUCAAACGUUCCAAUCUUGGAAGCCCAGAAGCAUUGCAUCGGAUGCUGGUUUUGAUUGUUGUUCGUGGUAUGAUGAACAUGACGGAGUUCUUAUUAAAGUGAAGUUCAGGCAAAUAGGACAGCUUCAGGUGCUAACUGCUCACCAUGAGUCUGUAAGGAGAUUCUGGCUUGAGGGAAAGAAUAUGGCAGCGACGGUGGCUCCAAAGAAAAUAGACGCCACACCGGUGACUUUAGGGAUGGAAGCUAACAAUGAUGAGUGGGUCAACCCUCAUGAAAUCAAUCCACACAUUCUACUUUUCUCCUACCUUUCUCUCCACCCUUCUCUUUCACCAUAA